AUGAUAUUUGCUGUGAAAAAGAUCAAUGAAGAGCACCAACUCUUACCUAAUGUCACCCUGGGCUUUAGAAUCUGUGAAAGAUAUGCUGGCUAUCAUGCCAAAAUGGAAUUUUUCUCCAGUCAGAAUCGAUUUAUUCCAAAUUACAAGUGUGGCAUCCUGAACAAACUCACCUCAGUUGUUGGGACUAUUGAUCCUGGAAUCUCUUUGAUAGAUAUUUUAGACACUUAUAAAGUCUCACAGUUCUCAACUGGCUCUUCUCCAAAUGAAAGCCCUUUCUACUACCACAUGGUUCCAGGUGAAGAACUGCAUUAUAUGGGAAUUGUUCAACUACUUUUGCACUUCAGAUGGACUUGGGUUGGGAUACUUGUUUAUGGACUUGGGGGAAGAACAUUUCAGCACCUAAUCUUUUCAUUAUUUGCUCUCCAUAAAAUCUGUGUUGCCUUCUUGGAGCAAUUCAGACCAGUGUAUUUCACCAAUGCUUUAGAAGGCAUGGAAUUGCUUGCUGAAACUUUUCACCUUCUUGUUAAGAGCAAAGCCCAAACUGUCGUAAUCAGUGAUAAUAAUCUUUCAAAUUUAAGGUGGUUGUUGUAUCUACCUGAAAUGGAAAUAGUUUCUAUAAAGCUCAAAGGUAAGGUGUGGAUCAUGGCUUCUCAAAUGGGUCUUGCAUCAUUCUUUUAUCAGAAAAGCUGGAAUAUCCAAGUCCUCCAUGGUGCUCUGAACUUUGCAGCUUAUUCAAAUGAAGUUGCAGGAUUUCAACAUUUUCUUCAGACAAGAGAUCAUAUGUCCUCCAAAGAGGAUGGUUUCUUCAGAGAAGUAUGGGAACAAGCAUUUGGCUGUGUGUAUCCAGAUCCAUCUGCGAAUGAGGAAAUGGAGGAUGUUUGUACAGGGAGGGAGAAGCUGGAGAGCCUUCCUGGGACCUUUUUUGAAAUGAGGAUGAGCAGUCAUAGUUACAGUAUAUACAAUGCAGUGUAUGCCGUGGCACAUGCUUUACAUGUGAAGUUGAGCCAAAAACAUAGGCAAAAAUUGAGUGGCAAAAAGUUUGAUCUUCAGAAUCUUCAGCCAUGGCAGCUUCACUUCUUUUUGAAAAGAGUCUCAUUUAACAACAGUGCUGGGGAUGAAAUUUCUUUUGACCAGAAUGGAAAAUUGAUUACAGGUCUGGAGAUUGAGAACUGGGUCACCUUUCCCAACCAGUCCUUCCAUCGAGUGAAAGUUGGGAAGCUGGAUCCCUGGGCUGCAGAAGACAAAAUGUUCACCAUUCAUGAGGAAGCCAUCAGCUGGCCCCAAACUUUCAAUCAAACUAUACCUGUUUCAGUGUGUACCGAGAGCUGCCUACCGGGAUAUUUUAAGAAAAAGCAGGAGGAGAAGCCUUUUUGCUGCUAUGAUUGCCUCCCAUGUCCCAAAGAGAAAAUGUCCAGGCAGAAGGAUAUGUAUGACUGUUCAAAAUGCCCUGAAGAUCAAUAUCCAAAUAAGGAACAAGAUUCAUGUAUUUCAAAGAAAAUAUCUUUCUUGUCCUAUGAAGAGCCAAUGGGAAUAACUUUACUUACUCUUGCACUUUUCUUUACUCUCUGCACAAUUAUGGUACUCGCAAUAUUUUUGAAGUACCACAAUACUCCCAUUGUCAAGGCCAAUAACCGAAACCUCACCUACCUUCUACUCAUUUCCCUCAUCCUCUGCUUCCUUUGCUCACUGCAGUUUCUUGUUGCACCUGGCAAUAUAGUAUGUCUUUUCAGACAAAUUAGCUUUGGCAUCAUCUUCUCAGUGGCUGUGUCUUCUGUGCUGGCAAAAACCAUCACUGUAGUUCUGGCUUUCAUGGCCACCAAGCCAGGAUCAAGGAUGCGGAACUGGGUGGGAAGAGGACUGGCCACCUCCAUUGUUCUUUCUGGUUCCCUUAUUCAAAUAAGCAUUUGCGUGGUGUGGCUCUUCACUUUUCCCCCUUUUCCUGACAUCGAUACCCAUUCAGAAAUGGAGGAAAUCAUUCUACUGUGCAAUGAAGGCUCAGCUGUCAUAUUUUACUGUGUCCUGGGCUACAUGGGCCUUCUGGCAACUGCCAGUUUCACAGUAGCCUUUUUCUCCAGGAAUCUCCCCAGCAGUUUCAAUGAGGCCAAAUGUCUCACUUUUAGCAUGCUGAUCUUCUGCAGUGUGUGGCUCACUUUUGUUCCAUCCUACCUGAGCACCAAAGGCAAAUAUAUGGUAGCUGUGGAGGUUUUUUCCAUUUUGGCUUCUAGUGCUGGAUUGCUUAUCUGUCUAUAUUUCCCCAAAUGCUACAUAAUUAUUUUUAGGCCAAAACUAAACAACAGAGACCAAUUAAUAAAGAAAAAAAUAUUUUAA